UCCGACCAAGUCAUUACAAGUGGUCAAAAUAGCAAGCAUGAUGUUCUACUUCCUUGUCCUUGCACUAGCUGCUACAGUGCAGUCCGUUAUGUACGGCCCCGGGGCUCCUCUAGCCAGUGACCCCCGACUUACAGGGGUCAACGCCAACCCCUUCGCAGAUUUCAUGAGGCUUCCCAUCCAGAUGAAUCAAUGUAGUGCUUCCACUCAUUUCAGCGCCAAUGCCAUUUUUGAUCAGAGUUUUGUUUGUCCCAAGAACAUUAAACUUCCACAGAACUGGCCAACCUCAAACAUCGACAGAUUCUUUAUCCCCGACCCAGAACUCCAGGGAUACAAUCAGCAGCCCCUGUACAAUGCUUUCGCUAACCCUCAGAACGACCCAGCGGCCAUGGCCUACUACAAACAAACAUAUGACGCCCUGGAGUCCUGGAAAUACUCCGGACUGGAACAGGAAUUUUCUCAGUGUUUCUCCGAUCUUUACAGAUACGAAGAUGCCGUCCAGAUCACUGAAUACAAGCUAGACCCAGUCUGUAAGACUACCCUGGUUAACCUGACAAACGAAGCUAUAUGGCACAACUACAACGGCAGGGACUACAAGUGCUUCAUCCCAUUCCCUCAGCAACUCACAGCCGUCAAAUGUACUCACCCACGAUACCCCAACAUAGAUAAGUGCCGACUUGGAUACAGUGUCAGAGAUGAAUACAGAUGUGCCCCAACCAACUUUGUCCGCAGAAAGGUUAAUCUUGUUUGUCCAGAAAUCCAGAUGGUCUUCGUCCGAUCCUUUGAUGUCCCCACAGCCUGCAGCUGCAAGCUUUGUUACGAAUGUAAAAACGUCAUCCCAGACCCAAGAGCCUAUUUAGGAUUUCCUGUAGCUAAAAAGUAAACCAAAGAAAACUCCAAACAUUCAGCAAUAAAGAACCGAAUAAGGUGAAGAUGAUCAUCAUUAAUUGUAUCUUCUGCCAAUUUCUGAAUCUUAACAUUGCUGUGAAACAACCAAAGUGCCAUAAUGUGCGCAUAUGGAUAAAUCUGUUGAGAGUGCUCUGUAUGAGUGUUUGAGUGUUUUUGCAUCACGUUCGGGCAUGUGCAAUUACUUUGUGUUCUGUAUGAUGUGUUAUUUAUCCUGUCUCUUUUGUAUUUGUGACUACCAAAUAUUGUAUUAUCAUUUUUGUACAUCAUCGUCCUUUGAUUAUUUGAAGUCCCUAUUGUAUUGUUGAGAUAUUUUUUGAAAUAAAAACAUUAAAUCUUUA